AUGCACGACGACCGGCAGACGCACUGGGUGACUGCAACGAUACCCAGUUUUCAGAUCUUCCCAUUGCGGGUCCAUUUCGUCCUCACGGACAUGGCAACCGAAGCCGGAUGGGCUGGUAUCCGGCCAGUAGCCAUGUGGAUAGUCGGCGCUAAUACUCUCACGCGCGCCACAGUCAGACGAGCAGACUUGGACUCGCAGUCCAACAACCUGAGGGUAGUAGUCGGUAUGAGCGGUUGGCAUAGUCGGUCGGUAGAGCGUCUCGCCCACGAACACGGUCGCCCCAUUGAUGAAGGCGUCCUCCUCGCGCAUCGCAACGAAGACAUCGCGACGAAGGCUUCGGCUACUGCCGACCCCGUAGACGGGCACAUUUCGAGGAUGUGCUUGAUAGAUAACUUCGCGCGAGGAUCGGUAGUCUUCGCCAUCAUGGAUCGAGUAUAUGGCUCUGCCCCCCUUGGUUGCCUCAAUCACGGAGAAGACGGGCUGGCGGCCCCGAUAGCUCAGGACACGGUUGUCACGAUACACGGUCGCGACGUCACUCUAUCCACGGAGCAACGCGAAGCCAUAGCACUGGGGGUCGGUGACAUCCCCAUUACUGCUAUCCAGGCAGUUUUCGGUACGGGCAAGACGGUCGUUGGUGCAAUUAUUGCUGCUCGAUGGACAACAGGAGGUGCCUUCGUCUUGGCAACAGCAAGCAGCAACGCGGCUGUAGCCCGGAUCGCUCAGACGAUGUUAUCGCCUUCGGAUUAUAGGGACCUCAACGUGUAA